CCCUGCUUCUCUUGGCUGGUUGGGGUGAGGCUGCCUUGUGGGUGUAGGGGUGAGUCAGGCAGGGCACGUGGGCAGGUGGGCGGGCACUGCAGCUGGGGCCAGUGGGCGUGGCCUGCCUGGCGCCUAGGGCAGGUAGCCCAGCCAGUUCUGCCUCUGACGCUUCAUUCCAGCCAUCCUUGUGCCUGAGAUGAGAGCCUCCUGCCAACUCAACCACUGUCCCGACGGGGGGCCUUGGGCCAGGGACAUGUGGUGACUUCAGAGCAAGGGCAGUCACAGCCACCUGGCCAUCUAGACCUCACCAGCCAUGAACGCCCACCCCAAGGAGAUGAUGCCCCUGAUGGGUAGGAGGGCUGCUGUCCCCAGCGGGAACCCUGCUGUCCUGCAGGAGAAGAGGCCUGCAGAACUCACUCCCACCAAGAAGAGUGCAUACUUCUUCCUGGAGAUAGAAGGCUUUGAACCCAACCCCACCGUGGCCAAGACCUCUCCCCCUGUCUUCUCUAAGCCCAUGGAUUCCAACAUCCGGCAGUGCAUCUCUGGUAACUGUGAUGACAUGGACUCUCCACAGUCUCCUCAGGAUGAUGUGACAGAAACUCCAUCCAAUCCCAAUAGUCCCAGUGCAAACUUGGCCAAGGAAGAGCAGAGGAGAAAAAAGAAACGGCUGAAGAAGCGCAUCUUUGCAGCUGUGUCCGAGGGCUCCGUGGAGGAGCUGCUGGAGCUGCUGGUGGAGCUGCAGGAGCUUUGCAAGCGGCGCCACGGCAUGGAUGUGCCUGACUUCCUCAUGCACAAGCUGACAGCUUCAGACACAGGGAAGACCUGCCUGAUGAAGGCCUUGUUAAACAUCAACCCCAACACCAAGGAGAUCGUGCGGAUCCUGCUGGCCUUUGCAGAGGAGAACGACAUCCUGGACAGGUUCAUCAAUGCUGAGUACACAGAGGAGGCCUACGAAGGGCAGACUGCGCUCAACAUCGCCAUCGAGCGGCGGCAGGGAGACAUCACAGCAGUGCUCAUAGCCGCAGGAGCCGAUGUCAACGCCCACGCCAAGGGCAUCUUCUUCAACCCCAAUUCUCUGCAUGAAGGCUUCUACUUUGGUGAGACACCCCUGGCCCUGGCAGCUUGCACCAACCAACCCGAGAUUGUGCAGCUGCUGAUGGAGAACGAGCAGACAGAUAUCACCUCACAGGACUCCCGGGGAAACAAUAUCCUCCACGCCCUAGUGACCGUGGCCGAGGACUUCAAGACACAGAACGACUUUGUGAAGCGCAUGUAUGACAUGAUCCUGCUGAGGAGUGGCAACUGGGAGCUGGAGACCAUGAGGAACAAGGAUGGCCUCACCCCCCUGCAGCUGGCUGCCAAGAUGGGCAAGGCCGAGAUCCUGAAGUACAUUCUUAGUCGUGAGAUAAAAGAGAAGCCACUCCGGAGCCUGUCCAGAAAGUUCACUGAUUGGGCAUAUGGGCCUGUGUCAUCCUCACUCUAUGACCUCACCAAUGUGGACACCACAACAGACAAUUCUGUGCUGGAAAUUAUCGUUUACAACACCAACAUUGAUAACCGGCACGAGAUGCUGACCCUGGAGCCCCUGCACACGCUGCUGCAUAUGAAGUGGAAGAAGUUUGCCAAGUACAUGUUCUUCCUGUCCUUCUGCUUUUAUUUCUUCUACAACAUCACUCUGACGCUGGUCUCUUACUACCGCCCCAGGGAGGAGGAGGCCCUCCCACACCCUUUGGCACUGACACACAAGAUGGGGUGGCUGCAGCUCCUAGGAAGGAUGUUUGUGCUUAUUUGGGCCAUGUGCAUUUCUGUGAAAGAGGGCAUUGCCAUCUUCCUGCUGAGACCAUCAGAUCUGCAGUCUAUCCUCUCUGAUGCCUGGUUUCACUUUGUCUUUUUUGUCCAAGCUGUGCUUGUGAUACUGUCUGUCUUCUUGUACUUGUUUGCCUACAAAGAGUACCUCGCCUGCCUGGUGCUGGCCAUGGCCCUGGGCUGGGCGAACAUGCUCUACUACACGCGGGGAUUCCAGUCCAUGGGCAUGUACAGCGUCAUGAUCCAGAAGGUCAUUUUGCAUGAUGUUCUGAAGUUCUUGUUUGUAUAUAUUGUGUUCUUGCUUGGAUUUGGAGUAGCCCUGGCCUCACUGAUAGAGAAGUGUUCUAAGGACGACAAGGACUGUACCUCCUAUGGCAGCUUCAGUGACGCAGUGCUGGAACUCUUCAAGCUCACCAUAGGUCUGGGUGACCUGAACAUCCAGCAGAACUCCAAGUACCCCAUCCUCUUCCUGUUCCUGCUUAUCACUUACGUCAUUCUCACCUUCGUCCUCCUCCUCAACAUGCUCAUUGCCCUGAUGGGAGAGACUGUGGAGAAUGUCUCUAAGGAGAGUGAGCGCAUCUGGCGCCUCCAGCGAGCCAGGACCAUCUUGGAGUUUGAGAAAAUGUUACCAGAGUGGCUGAGGAGCAGAUUCCGGAUGGGUGAGCUGUGCAAAGUGGCAGAGGAGGAUUUCCGACUGUGUUUGCGGAUCAACGAGGUGAAGUGGACGGAAUGGAAAACACACGUCUCCUUCCUCAAUGAAGACCCAGGGCCUGUGAGGCGAACAGAUUCCAACAAAAUCCAAGACUCUUCCAGGAGCAACAGCAAAACCACCCUUAAUGCAUUUGACGAAAUAGAAGAAUUUCCAGAAACUUCGGUGUAAAAACCGAACCCAGAGUUGGUUUGUGGCCUGAUAAGCAUUGCUGGGUGCUGCAGGCUGAGUCCUGGACUCUACUAAGGAGGGCUCUGCAGAGCAAAGGAGCUUGGCUCCACCCACGGAGACAGGAGCGCACCCUAUGCUGAGUAGGUGGCUCAGGCCUGAGGCAGUCCUCAGUUUGUCUGAGUGGGAGACACUUGGCAAAGAGCGUGAGUGAACUCAAGGUCGGUAACCCUGAGCCUGGGAGGCCCUAAAAUCCCAGCUGACAUUCUUGAGUCACCCACUGCAGAUCUGCUUGGCUGGGAGGGAAAAGCAGCAGCAGGCCAGAAGCAGGGGCAGGGACUUACGGGGGAGAGAAAUCUCACUUCCUGCCACCAUCUCUUUGACUUUCAUUCACUAUGUCCCCUGCUGUGACAGGGGCUCCUGAUUCAAAGAACUCUUGGUCUCAUCUCAGAGCCCACAGGAGACUGAACUAAAUCACAUAUCCUGGAGGAGGAGGGGCUUGAGCUAUGGAAAUCCCUUUCUGGAACCUGCAGAGAACAGGAAAUCACUUCUGGAAUGUGUACUCUUGGCACCCCAGGACUCAAACUGUCUCAGACUGAGAGACUUUUUAUUUUAUUUUAAUUUUUUAGUAGCAUAAUUAGCAUAGGGUUUUAAUUUUCAGUAGAGAAAAGACAUUUCACUUUUGAGUGGCAGUUACUUCAGAGGAAGUAUGUGAUUUUUCAAAGCUGAGACAGAGAUUUUGGGAUCUGGGACUAGAUGUAAGUAUUAUAUACUUAGCCUUAGGGCAUUGAGAGGAAGGACAAAAAAAGCUUUUCUUUCUAAACCCAUAAGUCCACAGGAGACAGACCAGGCAGGCUGCCGGGCCACUGUGAUCUGGGUGAAAGAUCUUGGCUCUUUUCCUUGUCCUGGUCAUGUUAUAGUGUACAUCUCUGCAAUAGGACUCUGACUUCAUCUGCAACAGGAAUAGCAGCUGCGUUAUUUAUAUGGUCUCACAUAUCACAAGUUACUGUUAUGUGGCAAUAUUUCUCACUGGAGGAAUUUAACAAAAUGACCUGAAAUGCUCAGGUAUUAAAUAAUCUUGUUAACUGUGAAUUUUGUAGCUAAAGAGGUAUAGGAGAGAGAAGCACUUGGGGCUGAUUUUUAGAUUCUCACCCCUUGAUCCCCUCCCCCCCCGAAAUGACAGAGUCAGUUUAGGGGCAGAGAUGAAGUACAUCUAGGAGGAAAAGUCUGUAUUACUGGAGCCUAAACCACCAGAAAUCUAUCCUGCCUGGCCUAUCUGGUAAGAGGGUUCAAGUGGGAAUUUUUGAGGUGGCAUUAUAAAGUGAUUGACCAUAAAAGCUAAAUGACAACAAAGAUAAAAUUGGCCUUUAGUUAGCUUAGCAAUCGACUAAUCUGAUUUGCGGGUAGGCCACAUAGUCCACUCUGCAUUGUUCCAUGUACCAGCUUGGCUAGGUGGGGAGAAACAUAACCUUGCUGCCUUUUGAGGGAGCUGGGUGUCAAAGAAACUGUCUGAGAAUUUAAUAAUCUGCAGCAUUCCCUGCAUUCCCAGCUGACCCAGGGAGCCAACCUGUGGCCAGACUAAAAUCAGGCAUGGUAGGGGAGAAAGGGACUACGCAUGUCCUUCGCAGAAGCAGAGACUUGGGGAGGGGUGGUGGUGGUGGUUUUCCUUGGAGUCAGGAUUAAUAAAUAUGUCUCAGAUUGACAGAAUUAGUACUGAGGAUUAUAAAUUUUAGUGAGAAAGAUUUUGGUUCAAUUCAACCCAGGAGCUGGUAAGCACUUCUUAGAGCUAUCAUCGAAGAUGGCAACUAGGUGAACUCCAAGGCUCCCUUUAGUCUGGAGAUUCUGCACAGCAAUGUCUGUCUGUGGGUUUAUCCUGAACAGAUUUCUUGGUGUGAAGGGCAGUCAUCUGCAUCCAUGCUGGCACUAGAACACCAUGAACCUAAGAAUUCCAGAAUAGUUUUGAUUCAGAUAUGAAUGGAAUAAAGCUGCCGGGCUCUCCAUUACCUUCUUGAAUAAGAUUCAGGCAAUUAAACCAAUAGAAAGCAGGAGCUUUGACAAUCUUCAUCUUCUUCCAUCCAGGGAAAGCUGCUUAAUGAAUCUGUUUGGAAUACGUUAGGACCAUUAUGCUAGACAUUCUUCCCAAGUGUGGUAUACCCCUAUAUGCUUUCAGCCUGUAAGGUCUGAACAUAGGUAGUUUUCCCAAAGCAGAGGGAUAAUGAGUCAAAGAACAUUGAUUUAAAGGGACCAGUUUCCUAAUGUUAGACCUAGAGACCAAAGCCCAGAAAGGAAGAUGAACUGUGUAGGCUACAACUUCAGAAUUGUUGAAACAAAAAUAUGCUGAUACCUGGACUAUAGAUAUCUACUUGAAUCAUUAUUUGUUUAUUUAUUUUAAAGAUUUAUCUAUGGAGGUUAGGUGAUGGCAUACCUGAUUGAGUGUACAUAUUAACAGGCACAUGGACCAGGGUUUGAGCCCCAGCUCCCCACUUGCAACAGGGGAUGCUUUACAAGCAGUGAAGUAGGGCUACCCUCUCUCUCAAUUUCUAAGUAUUUUUCUUCCUACUUUAUUUAAUAGGACAAAGAGAGAAAUUGAGAGAGGAGGGGUAGAUAGGGAGAGAAAGAUAAGACACCUUCAGGCCUACUUCACCACUCAUGAAGCAUCUGCCUCUGCAGGUGGAGAGCAGGGGCAUGAACCCAGGUCCUUGUGCUUAAUACUAUGUGUGGGUAACCUGGUGCGCCACCACCUGGCCCCCUCCCCUCUUAGUUUCUCUCUGGCCUAUCCAAACAAAAUAGAAAGAAAAAGGAUUCAUUAAUGAGAGAGAACCAGAGCAUCACUCUGGCACAUGCAAUGCUGGGGAUUGAGUGUUGGAGCUCAUGCUUGAGAGUCCAGCACUUUAUCCACUGCAACACAUCCUGAACCACACACUUUUUUUUUUUAAUUCAGUGAAAUUAACAUUGCUUAGUCAUGAGACUAAGGAUUUCUGCUCAGAUUAUGAUCUCUAUCACAGGUUUAAAACAAAAGGGUGCAAAACCACACACACACACGCACACACACACUGGAUCUAUGAAUGUGCAUGAUGAUACACAGAAUCUUUAAUUGCAUCAGGACAUCUUAAGACUUCACAAUUUACAUUUCUGCAAUGCAAGGUAAAAUCGCUUUCCAGGGAAGGAAUCUCCCAUGCUCAGAUAGUAGUUUUGGCUCCAAUUUCCCUCUUGCUAAACUCAGCUCCAGGAAUAGUUCUAGACACUAUGUACUGGAGUAACGUGGUGCUUAUCUUCCUCUAUGGGAUGAGGGAGGUGUAAGAGAUUAUACUGUGAAGUCAUUAAGCUCUUAAUAGGUUCCUGCCUGAGAGAGCCCAGUAUUAUUGGCGUUCCUUUUCUCCCUCAAGGCCCAGUGAACUGUGUCCUCUGCUCUGGAAAGGGCCCAGUAGAUGGGCUGUCAACCAGGCUUCUAAGUCAUACUUGAUUUUUUUACAUUGAUAUACAUGUGUUUACUGUGAUCUUUGUCUCAGACCCAGAGUUCUCACCUUGUUCUCAAUGAAUGUGUAAGGUCCUUAUAAAUUCUAAUUUAUGUACUUGUCCACAGUGUUGUGCAUAUAUAUGAAAUUCUGUGUUCAAGUCAUGGGGUAAGAAUUUUUAUGCCAUUGAAAUGCUUUUGUGAUUUCUAAUAAAUAUUUAUUAUAUCUUGUUA